AAUAACUCCUAGCUUAUUGGCGCAUUAUUGCUAGUAGCAUUAUAGCGGCAAUAAAAAUGAGGGAGAAAUUCCUGCCUCCGUUCAUUUUGCAGCCGAAGCAGCAAGCAAAUACCGACAACACGAAUAGGAACGAUAGUGCCUUAUCGCGACCUACGUAUAGGAGCGGGCAGCAGCGACUAGCGAGAUUCGGCCCGCCGCUGGGCUUAGUAUCGGCUUCGGCAUCAACAUCAUCGGCGGCGCCGGUCGCGGCCAAGGCUUCAGGCACGACAACAACAAUAAAUGUUGCAGCAGCAGCGGCGGGCUCGGUGGUCAUACCGCCAGUACCGAGGAGCGGAGCACCCAUUACGUCUGGAAAUUCGCAAGUGGAGGCACGCUUGGCUGCCAGCGACAAUGCGCCAGAGCUGGCAGUGUACUCGGAGGUCAUGGAGGUACUCGGGAGCCAGCUGGGUAGCAGUCUCAUGGAGAAGCCGCUUAUUAAGGAGUUACUUGCAACGGUCGUACGCUGCGUACAAGCAUCGAAAGCAGGCAGCACGUGGAAGGCCUACGCACCAUGGAUGCGCAGUUUCUGCGACUUUGCGGUAGAGAUCGGCGUAAAGCCCUUGGACUUUAACGAGACGCAAAUUUCACUCUACCUAGGUGGGGUUUAUGCCAGCGCAGAACGGGAUAAAGUGGGACCGCAACGGGUGGAAACAGCUAGCGCAGCAGUGUCAGCUCUGUUCGAGCUGGCAGGCAAGCCGUCCCCGUGCAGCGGCAAGCUGUGCGCGGGAGUACGAGAAGCGGCACGACGCACGCUGCGACCCCAGCUCUUGAACCGUGCGGCCGCAGCUGCAGAAGACCUGAAAGCGCUGAUAGAUAAGCACAUACACGAGAACACCCAGCUCAGCGUGCGGAUAAUGGUCACCUGCAUGGCGCUCAGCUUUGCCGGUAUGCUGCGGUAUAGCGACCUGGCACGGGUAAUGGUCCACCACGAUUUAAUGCGGUUCUACCCGGAUCGGGUAGAGCUGUUCCUGUUCACCAGCAAAACGGACCAGCACUGCAAGGGCGCGCUAGUGCCAAUCGGGCGGAUCAGCGGCCCAUACUGCCCAGUUCAGCUGCUAGAACAGCUGCUGCAGGUAGGAGGCUACAAACGCGUGCCGGCGCAAGGUCCUGUGACAGCCCCAGACGGCAGCGUUAGCAUCGGCGACGUGGAAGACGUCGGCCCGUUGCUACGGGCGUGCAGCCGGCACGGUCUUAAGCAAGUCGCUGUUCCGCUGAUGGCAGCACCCGGUGAGAAGAUCCAGCUAAUCGAGCCGCUGGCGUACGCGACGUACGCUAAGCGGUUCAAGGAGCUCCUGACAGAAGCCGGAGUGACUAAGCGCCUCACCACGCACAGCAUGCGCAGCGGCGGAGCCACGGCAGCAGUGAACGGUGGCGCGGAGCGCGCGGUGGUGCAGAAGGUGGGCCGCUGGCGGAGCAGCACAGUGUUCGAGCUGCACUACGUCCGGGACGACGGAGCUGCAAAGCAGCGGGUGGCGUUGUGCCUGGGGCUCGCAGACCGCUCUGGAAAGGACCCCGAAGGGGAUGAGUAACGCGUGGGAUGGGGUAUCUUUGAAGGUCUGCUGCUACAGAUGGCCACUGGUUCAAUGUGAAAAAACGCUAACUUUGCAGGGUUACAGGCUGGGGAGACUGGAGAGGACGUUGGUGAAUUGUAACGAUGAUGAUUGGAAUCCAAGAAAGAACAUUGGGAGCAUGAACACAUGGAGGGUAAGUAAACAGAAACACUGGGA